AUGGCCGCUUCGUUUCCAGAAACCGAACAUAGCAAAGUGGGAAUGUAUGUUGGAACAAUCGCUUCGUCAUUCGCCUUCGCACAGUUCGUUACAAACUACUUCUGGGGCUGGCUCUCGGAUCGGAUUGGUCGCAAGCCGGUUAUCCUGCUCGGGACGAUCCUAACGGCGGCGUGCUUUGGGGCCUUUGGGUUUUGCAGGACACUUUGGCAGGCGGUUCUAGUGCAGGUUCUUAUGGGAGCAGUCAAUGGGAACCAGGGAGUGGUUUCGACGUGUUUGGGAGAAAUCACGGACCGCAGCAACCAGUCGCGUGCGUUCACUUAUUUGCCCGUGAUUUAUGGCGUGGGAGGGAUCACAGGCCCGGUGCUUGGUGGCCUCCUGGUGUCUAAAAAAGCCAUUCUCGACGAGAGAUUCCCCUAUCUUGGCCCAAACCUCGCCUCCGCAGCGAUUUUGGUCUUUGACUUUAUUGUGGCAUCGUUCUUCUUGGAAGAAAGCCUUGAAAAUGCAGUCACGCUUCCUGCUAUCGGAAAAAAAGUUCAUGAUAUGUUCACUUGGCUGUGGCAGUUUACAUGCUCGACAAGACCGUCCUACUUGAGGAGUAGGAGCUCCUCUGCGAGGUCCAGGCGGCGCAGAAGCUACAACAGCGACACAAGCGCCGACACUAGCAAUGUCGAAUCGACUACGGCGCCUCUCUUCGGCCACCGGCGGAAUCACGAGCAGCUAAACAGCGACGAAGUGCUGAACCGAGACGUGAUCCUCUUACUCAUCACAUACUUGAUUUUUGCUCUGUCAAAUGUUUCAUAUAACUCUCUGUAUCCGAUAUUUGGCCAGGCUUCACCGCCGGCCGGCCGUGGACUUACUCCCCAAGAGAUCGGCCUUUCUUUGGGGUUUGCAGGCGUCGUCACGAUAGCGUUUCAAGUAUGUAUAUUCGGCAAGCUACGAGAUAAAAUGGGGAAUAGGUGGUCGUACCGUGCUGGCCUGUUUGGCUUUGUGAUAUCCUUUGCUCUGAUGCCCUUUGUCGGGUACAAAGACAAGGCCGCGCUGGAGGGUAAAAUGUCACGGAGCGGCAUUUUGCUUGCCAUCGAGCUUUGUGUUGUCUUACUCUUAAAGACUAUUUCAGCGGUCGGCGGCUUGACCAGCGCCCUACUCUUGAUCACAAACUCUGCGCCAGACAACUCGGUUCUCGGCGCCCUCAACGGCCUCGCACAGACCCUUUCCGCAGCCGGUCGCGCAGCCGGACCCUUCUUAUCUGGCAGCCUGUUCUCUAUCGCGAUGAAAGUGAAACCAAAAGGGGAAGCGCUCGCCUUUGGUGUUUUUGGCGGUAUCGCGUUCCUUGGGUUUCUGCUUAGUUUCGGGAUUCGAUCUCGAAAUUUAGAGGCAGAGGGAUGGCGAGAACCGAGCGACGGUGACGACGAUGACGAUGAUAUCAAUAAAUCUGAUGAUGAUGAAAAUGGGCAUGCUACUGUUUGA